CUUAUUACAAAAAAUGGUCCACAAGAAGCAUGUUUAAAAAAAAUACUUAAAGCUAUUGGAUACAGUGAAGCGCCAAAAUUACCUUCCAUUGAAAUUUAUCGAUUAAAACAAAAUGAAUAUGAAGCUCAAAAAGAAGCAAUCAGAGUUUUAGAAGAAUUUGAACGGGAAAAAUUAAAAAUAGCUAAAGAUAAGUUAGAAAAACAAAAGAAAGAAGAAAUAGCCUUGUUGGAAAAAAAUGAAAAGGAUUGGAAUGAUUGGCUUUCAUUAUUGAAUACACAAAAUUAUCAAUAUGUUGAAGCACGUUCCCUACCAAUGCGUCAUUAUUUAAUGAAAUAUAUUAUGCCAGAAUUGUCGAACGCUUUGUUAGAAUGUUCUGAAAUACGACCAGACGAUCCAAUUGAUUUUGUAGCGGAAUAUUUAUUGAAGACAGGAAUAUCAAAGUGAAUGAAGUACUGCAGAAUUUUCUUUAAAACUUUUUAAUGAGAUAUCAAAAAACCAACUACUGUAUAAAGAAAACACUUUGACCAAUAAAU